AUGACUACUUCCCAGAGGUUAUACCUAUCUUCAGAGAUUCCGUGGAAUGCCUCAUAUAUGACUAGCGAAGGCUAUAUCGUAUACAAAACGGAACCCCCGCCAUCCUGGACAGAAGAAGUCAAAACCAUCAAACUCCUCCGCGCAAAUCCGCCCUACUCCGAAAGUACGACAACCAAUGUCUCGUUUUCUACCUUAGCAGAAAUACAAUACCGGAAUGUUCACAAAGCUCAAAUCCAACUUUACGAUGGGCGAGACUCUCAACCGAAAAAUGUAUUUUUUAGAAAGAAAGGGUUGAGCUUCCUUGGGCCCAGAAACCGAGUAUUUAUGAGUCCUAUUGGGGGAGAAUACAUGUGGAAAAUCGGAUCGACUUCGAAGCUUUUUUCCAAUGACUCUAGGAGGAAUCCUGUUGCUGUUUUUCACAAAGCAAAGGGGGGAAUUAUUCGGAGAUCUCGGCCAGCAUACUUGGAGAUAUCUGUAGACAAAGAGGAGCUUAUGGAUAUCAUUGUCGCAACAUUUGUUUAUAUGGAAAAAUUGCGUAUGGAGAGGAAAGACAUAGUUGAAUUAGUUGCAAAUGCUGUAUCCACACUAGGAUAG